AUGUUCAAAUUAUUAAUAAUUGCUGUUAUAUGCUUUACCAUUGUUAAUGGUAAUGCUAAAGAUGAUCUGAAAGAUAAAAUAGCAGAUACACUAAGUCAAGGAGGAAAAGUUAAACAACAUACUGUUAAUGUUGUUAAUGAACGUGCUACUAAUGCUAAAGGUGCUACACACUCAGCUGCUGAUGCUAUCAAAGAUAAUGUUGAUACAGUAAAAGAUAAAGCUUCUGAAACACUCAAAGCUGGUCAAAAAGCAGCCGGAAAUCCUAAAGCAACUGCAGGCAAAAAAUUGGAUGAAACUAAAAAAGCAGGUAAAGAACUUAAAAAGAAAGCUAGUGGCAGUGCCGAAGAUUUAAAAAAUACAGCUAGUCAUACUGCCAAAUCAGCUAAGAAAACAGCUGAACAUGUCGCCGCAAAAGCAGCAAAAAAAGGUGAAAAAAUCAAACAGCAAGCAAGUGAUGCCGGUGAAAAAAUCAAAACAACGGUUGAAGAAACUAAGAAACAAGUAGAAAAACAAAAUGAUGGGUUUGUUGAUAAAUUUUUUAAUUUUGUUACAGAUGUCAAAAAUUCAAUUUUGGAACCUGUUGGAUUAGCAUCAAAUGUUGCUGAUGAUGUAACUGAUCAAGCUGCAUCGAAAUUGGAUGAAGUUUCUGACAAAGCAAAGAAAGUGGCUGGAAAAGCCAAGAAAAAGGUUAAAGAAACAGUUGAUCUUUAA